CUCUCCUCUCUCUCCCCCUCGCUCCUCUCGGACCGUCGCUUCCUCGUUAAGAUGGCUGACCCCGGCGGCAGCGACGGAGAGGCACCGGAGAGCGCGCGCGGCUUCGCCCGCCAGGGAGCCCUCCGCCAGAAGAACGUGCACGAGGUGAAGAACCACAAGUUCAUCGCUCGCUUCUUCAAGCAGCCGACCUUCUGCAGCCACUGCACGGACUUCAUCUGGGGCUUUGGGAAACAGGGAUUCCAGUGCCAAGUGUGCUGUUUUGUGGUCCAUAAGCGCUGUCAUGAAUUUGUCACCUUUUCCUGUCCGGGGGCCGACAAGGGACCUGCCUCCGAUGAUCCUCGUAGUAAACACAAAUUUAAGGUCCACACUUACUCCAGCCCGACCUUCUGUGACCACUGUGGCUCGCUCCUGUACGGGCUGAUACACCAGGGCAUGAAAUGUGACCACUGUAUGAUGAACAUCCACAAGAGAUGUGUGGCCAACGUCCCGAGCCUGUGUGGGACCGAUCACACCGAGAGGCGAGGACGCAUCCAGAUCUCUGCCCAGAUCGCUGACGACAUCCUCACCGUCACCAUUAAAGAGGCCAGGAACCUGGUGCCCAUGGACCCCAACGGCCUGUCAGACCCCUACGUCAAGCUCAAGCUGAUCCCAGAUCCCAAGAGUGAGAGCAAGCAGAAGACCAAGACCAUCAAAUGUUGCCUCAACCCCACCUGGAAUGAGACCUUCACUUUCAACCUCAAAGAAACCGACAAGGACCGCCGUCUAUCAGUGGAGGUCUGGGACUGGGAUUUGACCAGCAGGAACGACUUCAUGGGAUCCCUGUCCUUUGGGAUCUCAGAGCUUCAGAAACAAGGGGUAGAUGGAUGGUUUAAGAUGCUUUCUCAGGAGGAAGGAGAAUACUUUAAUGUUCCUGUCCAGCCAGAGGGAGAAGACGGUAACGAGGAGCUACGACAAAAGUUUGAGAGGGCGAGGGUGGGACCAGGGAAGCCAACAGACUCUUCCUCCUCGUCCUCGGUGUGCAAGUAUGACAGCAACGGCAAUCAGGACCGGGUCAAGCUCUCAGACUUCAACUUCAUCAUGGUUUUAGGCAAAGGCAGCUUUGGCAAGGUGAUGCUGGCUGAGAGGAAGGGCACCGAUGAGUUGUACGCUGUCAAAAUCCUGAAGAAGGAUGUGGUGAUCCAGGAUGACGACGUGGAGUGCACCAUGGUGGAGAAGAGAGUCCUCGCUCUGGCCGGAAAACCACCUUUCCUCACUCAGCUGCACUCCUGUUUCCAAACCAUGGACCGAUUGUAUUUUGUCAUGGAGUAUAUAAAUGGAGGAGACCUUAUGUACCAGAUCCAACAGGUCGGCAAGUUCAAGGAGCCUCAUGCUGUGUUCUAUGCUGCAGAGAUUGCCAUUGGACUCUUCUUCCUUCACUCCAAAGGCAUUGUGUAUCGGGAUCUGAAGCUGGACAAUGUGAUGCUGGACGCUGAAGGCCAUAUAAAGAUAGCCGACUUCGGCAUGUGCAAAGAGAACAUGUACGAUGGAACUACGACUAAAACUUUUUGUGGAACACCAGACUACAUCGCUCCAGAGAUUAUAGCUUAUCAACCUUAUGGAAAGUCGGUAGACUGGUGGGCCUUUGGAGUACUGCUCUACGAAAUGCUUGCUGGACAGCCGCCUUUUGACGGGGAAGAUGAAGAUGAGCUGUUCCAGUCGAUCAUGGAGCAUCACGUCUCUUACCCUAAAUCCAUGUCCAAAGAAGCUGUUGCCAUCUGCAAGGGGCUGAUGACCAAGCACCCAGGUAAGCGUCUGGGCUGCGGUCCAGAGGGGGAGAGAGACAUCAAGGAGCACGCCUUCUUCCGCUACAUAGACUGGGACAAACUGGAGAAUAAAGAAGUCCAGCCGCCUUUCAAACCUAAAGCUUGUGGGCGUGAUGCAGAGAACUUUGAUCGCUUUUUCACGCGCCACCCCCCCGAGCUGACCCCCCCAGAUCAGGAGCUUAUAUCCAACCUGGACCAGGAAGAAUUCCAAGGCUUCUCAUUUGUUAACCCUGAGUACCCAAACACAACUCACUGACCACGCCACAUACCACUGGGCUGCACUAGUAAUCCCCCACACCUCGGAAACAUACAUUCAAAAACAAGCAAACAAAACAAAAAUCACCACGAUGUCAUAUCCAGGCUGCAUUCGUCAGGUUGAAACGUUAACGUUCUGGGAAAUACAUUUUUGAGACGUGGAUGUGAAGAUCGAUAUCAAUCUCACGUCUGCAUGUAAAGUAAGGAGAUGGAGCCAGGAGGCGGUUAGCCUAGCUUAGCAUAAACACUGGAGGCAGGGGGAAACAGCUAGCCUGGCUCUCUCCAAAGUUAAACUCACUUGCAGGGUGCUGUGUUUACGCAAAAAAACAUGUAAAAAACAUGUUGAUGUUGUUCAACUCUCUUCAUGUGUGUAUUAAAUACAUUAGAUAAAACGUCUUAACUAGUAAACAAGUCCUGGAAUCUGCUUUUUUGAGGAGAGCUAGUCCAGCAAUUUCUCCUGCUAACAGCUUCUAGUUUUUAUGCUUAUUCAAGAUAAGAUAAUUGCCUUCUGGCUCCAGCUCUGUAUCCACAGUCAUAAGAUUGUUAUCAAUCCUCUCAUCUAACUCAAACUGACAAAUAAGCGUAUUUGCCAGAACACAAUUUCUUCUAAUAACUUUCAGGUGCAAAUGCAUACAGGUGCUCAAAUGCUAACAAUCAGGGGAAAUAAUCAGAUAUACUCACGUGUCAAGUUGCCAGUAGGAGACACUGUUUUCAGUUUACUGUGGUUUAGCACAUCAGCUCUACCGGCUGUAUUCCUAUCUUCAGUGCAGAACUGUUGCUCGCUCUUGAAUGCCUCUCGGCUGCUCACACCAGCAGGUUCAUGUCGGGGUCCGACCUCAGGGCCUGAACCCGAACCUGCUCUGCCUAUGUGUCACCCUCCCUGUGAUUGCAUAUCGACUAUGACAACCUAUCGGUAGUAUUGAUGCGUGUACUAUGAUCACAUAUUUGGUAAUAUACAUACAAUGUAAGUGAAAACUGACCAAUUGCUUUGCUAUGAUUGUUUGAGUACUAAUCAGUUUCCCAAUGUUGACUUUAUAUUGUCUAUAGGACCAAAUACUUCUACACUUUCUGUUCAAUCAGUGUUGUGGUGAGCUUAAACUUUUUGCUGAUUUAAUUUUUAACCAGUCAGAGGAUAGACGUCUUUAUACAUGCAGCCAGCAAGUGUCAGUCUGUGUCAGGUUAGUGAUUUUUGAUUGAAAUGACAUCCCUUUUCUCUGAACUCAUUAAUGAAAACAUUCACCACAUUACACUGUGUUUUAAAGACAUAUCUCUUCGCUUGUAAAGAACAUUUAUCAGGAGAAUUUCACAUCAGGCGAGUCUUGUGAAGCUGGUAGUUUGUUAGGAUGUCCAAAAAGUGCCAAAAUAGGGUUCAGAAUCAUGAGGAUGUGGAAAGAUAUUGUCCUCAAUAACUGUGAUGACGGGCAGCCAUCUUGUGCCAUUUUGCAGUACAUGUGUAAUUAUUAGAAUAUGCAUUAUAGCUUGUACCUGUUCUCCAACAAUACAAUGCCCUCGGAAAGUCAUUUCCAUGUAUAAAAUGAAUGAAGACGCGUGUUUCAUUGUGAGGCAGGUCGUGUUAUCUUUUUUUGUAACUGUGUAACGAUGCAGGGUUGUAACAAUGUGUCAAAUCUUGUUCUUUGAGCUUGUAUCAAAAAAAGGGAGGCGGCACCAUGUUGACGUCACAGAUGCACAAAGAUGCUCGCUGAUUAAGGUGGAAAAAGAGAGCGUUUAUUGUGAUGAUAGUAAUGGUGUCUAAUUAAUGGUGAGAUGAUGAGGAAAA